GCUUCAGCUAAACAUUUCCAACUACAUCCAACAUGUUUGCAAAGAUUGUCAUUUUCUGCGCUGCUCUCGCAGCUUCCCGUGCCACUUUCGUUGGACCAUUGGGCCUCGGGGCUCCUGUCCUCGCAGCUGGACCUCUGGGUUAUGGAAAGGGACUGAUUGCCGCUCCUGCAGUAGCCACCGUAUCCAGCCAGCGAACCGCAAUUAACCAUGUAGCCCCUGCUGCACCUGUUGCCGCUGUUGCUCCUCUUGGAAAUGCUGCUCCAAUUUUUGGUGGCCCCGUUCUGGCUGCCGCCCCUGCCGUUGCCACUGUCUCCACCCAAAGAACCGCAAUUAACCAUGUAGCCCCUGCUGCACCCGUUGCAGCUAUUGCUCCUCUUGGAUACGCUGCUCCAGUUGUCGGCGGUCCUGUUUUGGCUGCUGCCCCUGCCGUUGCCACUGUCUCCACCCAGAGAACCGCAAUUAACCAUGUAGCUCCUGCUGCACCAGUUGCCGCUGUUGCUCCUCUUGGAUAUGCUGCUGCAGCUGCACCAAUUGCUCUCGCCAAUGGAGUCAUCGCUGGUAAUGGAAUCCUGGCCACCGGGCAUGGACUUGCUGCACCCUUGGCUAUUGGAAAUGGUCUCCUCGGUGCUCACUACGGACUUGGUGUUGGUCGAUAUGGUCUUGCAAAAGCCAUCCUGUAAAUAAUAUCACUAUUUUAAUUUAAUGUUUAAAAUGUGACUUAAAUAAAUUAUUUUUUAUUAA